AAUAUAGCCAGAUCCGUUCUAACCGAUACUAAGCUUUUUCCCCACCACUAAUCCCCCACGUUUGCAAAUAAACAGCUGUGAGAGCGGGGUAUCGGUAUCGAUACCGAGUGUGUGUCGGAAAUAGAAGUUUACGCGUUCUAGCGCAGAAAAAAGGGAAACACUGAGAAGACGAAGGGAAAAGCGCCGAGAAAAUAAGGUUAGCCAAUUCAGGGAGACUAGCCGAGAGCCAGAAGAGCGAUACCGACAUCGGCGGCGACCAACAUGACUAGUUUCCGCAAGCGCACCGUGCAGAAGCCAAUCCGCGGCACCCGCACCUCCCCGCACACGGCACAGGUGAUCACCUCCAGUGGCAAUCCCUACUUGGACGUGGUCAUUGGCGGCGGCCUGCCCAUGGGCUCCAUCUGCCUGGUCGAGGAGGACCGCUUCAUGACCCACGCCAAGGUGCUGGCCAAGUACUUUCUGGCCGAGGGCGUGCUCUCCAAGCAUGAGAUCUUUCUGGGCAGCCUCGAUGACAUCCCGGCGGAGAUGCUGCGCCGCCUGCCGCGUCCGCUGACCGAUCUGGAGACUGAGGUGGAGCAGCGCGAGGAACAGGCAGGCAGUGGAGGUGCCGAAAAUGGAUUGCGAAUUGCCUGGCGCUACAACGAUCUGCCGCUGGUGAAUUCCGAGCAUGCCACUGCCAAGAUCGGGCACCACUUCAACCUGAUGGAGCAGAUGGACUCGAUGAUGCUGUACUAUGCCAACACCACCAUGUGGGACGACAGCCACAAGGAGCCGGACAUUGUCAUUGCCGAGGAGUUCUCCAAGAGCAGCUCCCCGUCACUGGAGCAGCAGCCCACAGAGGAUGCCCCACCCAUUCCCACCCUCGCCGCAGAAGAAACCGGCGCCGCUACCGAGGAGAAGGCCUCAGCCCAGGAGGAGGGGAUCGCCGCCAACAACAACAAUAACAUUAACAAUAACAACACCAGCAGCGUCGCUACCAACACCACCAGCACAAAGACGGAUGGCAGCCAGCAGGAGCCGCCGCAGGUUUUCCACAAUCCAAGAUACGGUGGCCUGCUGAACGACAUCCAGCAGCUGCUGCGCGACGAGAGCUUUGUGGCCGGUACCAAGAAGAACCUGUGCCGCGUAUGCCUCACCUCGGUGGGCUCGCCCCUGUGGUACGAUGAGAACUUUGGCGAGGACCUAAUCAAGUUCCUCACCCUGCUGAUGGCCAGCGUGCGGAACUGCAACUCGGUGUGUCUGAUCACCAUGCCGAUGCACCUGAUUGCCAAGUACGAUGCCAGCCUGGUGCCCAAGAUCCGUCAGCUGGUAGACUAUGCCAUCGAGCUGGAGUCUUUCGCUGGUUCCGAGCGGGAGACGCACCCGGCCUUCAAGGAGUACAGUGGACUGCUCCAUUUGCACAAGAUGUCGGCGCUGAACACGCUGGCCGUCCACAUGCCGGACACCACGGAUCUGGCCUUCAAGUUGCGGCGCAAGAAGUUCAUCAUUGAGAAGUUCCACCUGCCGCCGGAGCUGCAGGAGUCGCCCAAGCCGGAUAACUGCAGUGCCGGCCGCCUCCUGAGCAGCAAUUCCAAUGCCACGGUCUCGCUGGAUUUCUAGCUGUCAGCGAAAUUAGAAACUAAGUUCGCGUAUGUAACCACGAAAAAACAACUAAAUUGCAUAAUAAUAAGCCAAGUAAAUGCAUUAAUAUAUCA